UGAGACGUUUUUUUUUUUUCAAGAUAGCACAGCACGGAAGUACGAUGCGCACCGGCUUUGUCUUUUUUCAAUUAGUUCUCAAGAUGUAAUAGGAAUUUAGUGAAAGCCAAAGAAUUUUACAAGUUUUGCGUAUAUUUAUUACUGAGGAGGAGUUUUCCCACUAAACCUGCUAACCCCGCUAUACCUGCUGAGUGCUGAAAACAAUUUUUAAAAUUCACAUGAAAUAAAAGAUUUGUCAGAGUCAAUAAGAUCAGAUUAAAAACUUGCAGGCUACUGAAAUCGUGUCUUCACUGUAGAAACAAAUACGAGAAAACUCGGAGCUCUAUUUAUUGCAUUACAUGAAAAAAUGACAGAUCUGCAGCUCUACUCCAAUACUAGAGAAAGUAUGUUUUAAUCCCAAUAAGAAUGUACACCAGAUAUACUCUCAUUGGUUCAUUUCUGAUUAGAAUAAGAUUAGGAUAGUAUUCCAUCACAUGGUUAAUAUUAUUGGUUUCAUUUGAUUUAUUUUUGGCAGUAUAAGUGCCGAAAUUUCAUGAGUUAGUAUGUGUUUGUACCAUCUUUAGUUUAGACGCAUUUUCGACAAUCAUGAAUGAACUUGAGUUGAUAAUAUAAGCGCGCUGCACCGGCUAGACUUAGUUUCAGUACUAAAUUGUAUCUUGAGGAACGAUCGUUGUUGGAAUUCGGUUACAACCAUGCUUCAACCCGAACCAAAGUCUAAUAUUAAAUUGGAGUCAACCCAUAUGGAUGUGCUUGAAGCUGAGGAGCAGUCCGAAGUGACGAAUAUUUAUCAACUAGUGGAUGGCGAAACAAAUCUGCAUUGCGCCAUUCGUAAUGGUGAUCAAAAUCUGAUAGAUAAAUAUAUUGCUGGCUAUCAGGCUGAUUUCAAUAAUAUAAAGGAUUACUUAAUGGAGAAGUAUCAGUGGAACGUAGACGAUCGAAUUUGGUUGCGAAAAUACAACUUGAUUGCGGUUGGUGAAGAGCAGUGCAAAACUUGUAAGGAAUUAGAAAAGAGCGCGACGAAGGAUGGUGACAUGGAAAAGGCUGUCUUCGUGGUUCUACAAACACCGGUAGAUAAUGAAAAAGUGGCUGUUAUUCAUCCAGACAACAACAAUCGUUUGAAAUUAUGUAAAAUGAUGAGAGAUCUGUUGCCCAAUGGAAUUCUAUCAUGGAACUACACUAGCGUUCUGAGAGUUACAAACGAGGGAGACGAAACAUUCAUAGAACUAGCUGCUUCCCAAGGAAGAAUUGAUGUUAUUUCGCGAUUGCUUGAACUUGGAGCAGAUCUUAGUUUUCCGGACCACUGCCCAUUGCUGGCCGCAUGCUCAACAGUUAGCAAGGAAACAAUUCGUUGGUUGCUCACAGAGCAUUUUGACCAUUUCGAUUGCACUCAGAGAAACUCAUAUAACAUAAAUGCAUUUUUGGUCCUUAUACAAGAAGGCGAUGCCGAAAUGAUGGAUUACGUGUUGGAGAAAAUGAUCAUCUAUCGCCAAAAGUACUACAAUGAAACUGAGUCGGAAGCAUUUGAGAGAAUAUUCCAUUAUGAACAUAAGGCGAGUAGUCUUUCAAGUGUGGGUCUUGCACGAGCUGGUCCGGUACUAGAUAAAAUUGGAGAAUAUGUCACGAAUUACAAACUGGAUUUGUCAUACCAGUGGCAACGUGUAACCAUACUUAUCUGUCUGAUGUUGAGGGAUAUUGCUGUGGACUACUGUUGGUCAGAAAUACGGAAAAAUCCCAAAUUGCUAGGACUACUGAGCUACAACGGAACAACAGUGUUACAGGAGCUGAUUGCAAUGGAAAAGGUGGAUGGAUUGCCACAAAUCUACCAAACACAUCCAGAAGUAAAGCAAUUCUUCGAAAAUGAACAUGGCAUCAAUUUGCUGAGGGAUAUGCUUAUCUACAGUAAACAUGUGUCUGCUGUAUUUAUUCUAGAGAACCAUGCGGACUAUUUGUUCAAGGAUAUUGAUAGUCUAAGAAAAAAUAUUUUGGUGCGCAAUCCGGCGUUUUAUGAAACGAAUGGAACUUUGCUGUCAAAAUAUUUCCCUAUGUUUGAAAGAGAUAUCGAUGAAGCAAGGAAGAAGACAAGCGAACGAUAUCCAGUUAAUUAUUCGCAUCUCGAUUUUGGAAGCAGCAAUUUGGAAUUCAACGAAUCAACAAUCAUAGUAAAGGAUGAAACUCAAUCACUCAACACCAUCAGAGGAGCUUAUGGCCUUACUCUACUUCAUUAUGCAGUGGACAAGGACAACAAAACUUGGUCGUCUACUUGCUGGAAUCAGGAUGUGACUCUGACGCGGUAGACGAUGAGGGUAAUCUACCUAUUCAUUAUGUCCGCCGAAGUCUAGAGAUGUUCAACCUCAUCAUCGAAAAACAUCCCAACGGAUCAUCUUUGGUGCACCGAACUAACUCUUUCGGUAACACAGUCCUGCAUAAGGUUUGCUCUCUUCGACUGAUCCAAGACCAUAAAUGUUCUCUGAUGGAAAGAAUUAUCGAGUGUGGUGCAGAUGUUAAUCAACUAACGAAACAAGGAGAAACCGCUCUCUUCUAUUCUAUAAGCGACGCUGAAUUAAAUGUUCUCCGCAAGUAUAACAUCGAUCUAAAAGUUGUUAACAACUCUGGCGACAAUGCUCUGAAUUACCAUCUGCGAUUCAACGCGAACAUGGCCAAAGCGCUCUUCCCGUUGAUGUCCAGGCUGCCUUCCUUCAAAGACCACGCCCACAAAUACUUACAAAGAUUUUUGACAUACAAUCAAGGAACAUUCAGUUACUAUUAUCAGUCAUUCCUGGAGGAGAACCCAGAGAUCACCAAAGCUAUGUUUGAUUCCCUUUACGAGCAUUCCAUAGAAGACGCUUCUCAAAUGUUUUGCAACGCCUGUAACUUUGGCCACGUGUUUAUUGUAGAAAAAUUCUUUGAAUUCGAUUACGAUUUGGACUACAACUUCAAAAACGAAAACGAGAGCACGCCAAUAAUAGGGCUAUGCGGCUUCACAGACCAAUCCAAUAUUCACCUGAUGCAGCAAUUACUCAAGAAAGAAGUAAACCUAGAACAUCGUAAUAAAUCGGGUAGAACUGCUUUAUUGGCACUGGCUUAUGGAUUUCGGGAGGGGAAUUGUCACAAUAGUUCAUCGGUUCAACUUUUGUUGGAUCACGGAGCAAAGGUCGAUAGCACUGACGACAAAGGAAACACGGCUCUACAUUACGCCUUCAAGAUGGAAGAAUGGGGACUGAUGGAAACGUUGCUAGCCAACGGAGCGGAUUGCUUGAUAAAAAACAAAGAUGGAAAGAUUCCUCUGGAAAUGGCCUCUGAUAGGAACCGAGAGAUAUUCAAAUUCAUGCAAUGAGUGUGCGUUUGAUCCAGUUCCUUUUCUGAACAUGAGAAUUAAUACCUUUUUGAUCGCAAGUAUUAUGUUUUGUUUAGUUGUAUAAAUAUACUAUUGAUGUCUAUAUAA